GAGUAGGGCUGCGAGAAGAUGAGGAGGCUAAGCGGCCGGCUCGCACCUAGACCGUAAAUUAGCCUGCCUACCUGAGAAACACUUUUUUAGUUUGCUUGAGUAGUUUCUUGCCCGUGUACAUAACAAAUUAAUCAACUAAUUUAAUGUCGAGGGGUAGCUGGGGCCCUGUGGAAACGGAGGAGGUGUGACGCUGAAAUAUCAAUUGCACCGGAUGUCAUUAAACGCCUCUUAAAUAAGGAGUAUACAAGUGCACGGGCAACGCCAUGGAGGCUGUGACGCAUUUGGUGAACGACACGGUAGAGUUUUACAAAUGGAGCCUUACUAUAGCAGACAAGCGGGUGGAAACAUGGCCGCUGAUGUCGUCGCCCUGCCCCACGCUGGCCAUCAGCUGCCUGUACCUGCUCUUCCUGUGGGCGGGGCCGAGAUACAUGCAGAAUCGCGAGCCCUACACGCUCAGGAAGACCCUGAUCAUCUACAACUUCAGCAUGGUGGUCCUCAACUUCUACAUCGCCAAAGAGCUCCUGCUUGCCUCAAGAGCGGCUGGCUACAGCUACCUCUGUCAACCUGUCAACUACUCAGACGACGUCAAUGAAGUCAGGAUAGCAUCUGCUCUUUGGUGGUACUAUAUCUCCAAAGGGGUGGAGUUCCUGGACACCGUCUUCUUCAUUCUCAGGAAGAAGUUCAACCAGGUCAGCUUCCUCCACGUCUACCAUCACUGCACCAUGUUCAUCCUGUGGUGGAUCGGCAUCAAGUGGGUCCCUGGUGGACAAGCUUUCUUUGGCGCAACAAUCAACUCGGGUAUCCAUGUGGUCAUGUAUGGUUACUACGGUCUGGCUGCAUUGGGACCACAGAUGCAGAAAUACCUUUGGUGGAAAAAAUACCUCACCAUUAUGCAGAUGAUCCAGUUCCACGUGACCAUUGGCCACGCCGGGCACUCCCUCUACACGGGAUGCCCCUUCCCCAACUGGAUGCAGUGGGCCCUGAUCGGCUAUGCCGUCACCUUCAUCAUCCUUUUCGCCAACUUCUACUACCACGCGUACCGACGCAAGCCGUCCCCGCCGCACAAGGGCCAAGCUAAGCCCGUUGCCAACGGCGUCUCCAAGGCCACCAAUGGCCACAGCAAAGCGGACGAGGCGGCGCCGGAUAAUGGCAAAAGGCAAAAGAGGGGACGGGCCAAGCGGGAGUGAAGGGACGGCUUGCCGGGCGAUGAGCGGGAGGACAUCUUUAAGGGGAAGGAUGGAAGAUUGCGAAAGGGAGAUGGGGAAGCGGUGACGGCCGCGCGUAACAAUGGCGCUGGAGCCUGUCGUCUUUCGUCACACAUUUCUUUUUAAAAGCGAGCAAGGCAAAAAAUGCCCAACAUGUAGGCUUCCAUGUUCUGUCCAAACACUUUUGGACCGUGACGCACCUGGAAUGUUUUGGAAAACACGCGCCAAUUUACCAUCCAAAAAGUUCACAUAUUGUACAACUUUUCUUGCAGAGAAACCCGGUCUUGUUUUUUUGAAAGCUUCAAUAGUUGAAUUCUGCGUCUAGUUAUGAUUAUUUUAAAGGACCAAAUUUUCUUAACUGAGUCCUAUUGGUCUUUGUGAAGACAACGGUUUCAAUUAUUUUUCAAAUGAGCACUUCUAUAACAUUCCUCGGGAAAUCCCAAAGGGGUAUGUGUGUGUUAAGGCACAUGUUUACAAAUUGUCGCUGUACAAUGAAAAGCAUGAGUCUCCAAAUUGUUGGAAUGUGUUAUAUUCAAAUGUAUUUAUUUAUUUUUGCUUUUCUGUUUUUUUUUUUUUCGGGUUCUAAUUUUAAAAGAUGCUUCUCAUUGAACAGCGACAAAAUCGAACAAAUUUCAAAACCAAUGACUGCAACGUGCAUCCAGCUUGUCACUGUGCUGCAUUCAUAGCAUCCAAAGUGUUUGUUUUUAUAACUGAAAACACUUGUUGGGAAAAGUGCAAGGGAAACUGUAGUUUCUUUUUAUUUCUAGUAUUUAUGCAUUUUGGGGCAAAACUUUUUGUGGACCCUCACCUUUUUUUUUUGCUGUGAAUGUAGCUGAGAAUAAAGAGAUUGAGGUGUUGUCUUCUCACUGCCACAAUGUAGAAUCCAAGGGAACGGCUUUCGUCUAAACUGUUUCAAACUCUUUGUCACUGCACAUAACCACCAAAAUAGAAAGAAAAAAAGAAAAAUAAAGGACAGUAACGGCCA